GAUUUUUUUAAUAAAAUAAUUAUUUAUUAUAUCGAUGUCUUCGAUAUCUGCAUCGCCACAAUCAAGUUGUAGUUACGAUAUUGAAGCAAGUGAGAGUCUUCAUGAAAUCUAUUUUGAAAGUAAUAAAGAUGGCGAAAGUAAUGGAUCGUAUGUUUGGUACGAUCAUAUUAAUUCUGUUAUCGUGGAGCGUGAUCGUAUGCGUGAGCGGGAGCGGCAGGCUCGUGCGCAAAUGUCCUCACAAGCACAAGAGCGUGAGGCUGAGCCACCUGGCGCCCCACUUUUCACCUGUCCUGUGAGGGUAAAUCCAUCCUCCAAUGAUCAUGUCUCUCAACACAUACAAAACAACCUUGGGAGUUAUGCAAUUGUACAAAAAAUACUCGAACAGGAUAACAGUACACACACACGUUUAAUUGGCAUCGAUGGUGUGCCGCCGCCGAGUCCUGCCCCAGGUGGGGCACCGGCAUCAGCGGUUGCAUCACGAUUACAACCACAACCAGAAUUUAAGAAACCACACCAAAAUAGUAGUAAUAGUAGUUCUAAUUCCUCGUCAUCAAAUCGUACAAAUAGUCAUCACCAUCAGUCCGCGUCACGUGGCGGUUUCAUAAAACCAGCUGAUGGUAAACCCCCAUAUGAAGGUAGGGGCGGGUACCCUGGCCAACCUGUAAAACAUGGUACUGGUACAAAUAAUCAUCGAUCGAAUGGUAUUGCACCACCGAAAGGCCCACCAACACAAAUAUCUUCGUCAUCAUCUUCGUCACGCUUACAUAAUGCUGGUCGUACAUUACCACGGAUACAUUUAGAUCAUUCGUCAACGUCGUCACGAAGUAGUGGUGGCAAUAGUAAUAAUAAUAGUAAUAGUAAUAAUAGUUCGUCGUUAUUGAAUGGUGGGGGUAAUAGUUCUACAUCUUCGAUCAACAAUAGUUUAAAUAAUGGUAUUAUUGGAUCUGGUGGGGGUUCCGAUACUCCACAUAGUGCUGGUGGACAUGAAGUUGAACAUAUAAUCAAGGAAAUGACUGAAGUUGCAAUUCCAUUAACAGCAAUUGCGGCAACACCUCGAAAAGAAUUGGAUUCAACAUUUCAAUUUACGCCAUCAUUAGUUGGAAAGUUCACGGAUAAUGUUCCUUCUUCAUUGCUUGAUACACCAAAAAAACGUAACAUAUCGUCAUCUCGAUUACCUGGUGAUCUGGAACAUGAUUUACGUUUAUCAGAAGAUAGUGAUGAUGAUAUUAAACAUAUUAAACCAUCCCAUGUAAUUCCAUCGACAACUGUUGUUGCACCUCUUGAACCAUUACCAGCAACUCCACCACAAAAUCAUCCAACUGCUGCUAUGACACCAUUAUUAGAACGUCCACCCGAACCAAUCGCACCAAUGUCACCAUUGGGAAGUUCAUCAAGUGAAUCCGGCUCAGACACUGGUUCUGAUAGUGAAUCAAGUAGUGAUGACUCUGUGGAAGGUGGGGAAGGUGAUAUAACAGCACCAGAACGUGGUCCACAUACACCACCUCCACUUGACGAAAGUCACACACCAUCAAGUCCACGUUGGAAUUUAAGUGCAUUUGCACCCGCUGAACCUGAACCAUUAGAAGAACCAAAGAAACAACAGGCAAAUGAAUCUGAAAUUGAUUGUAGUGUUGUGGAAGUGUUAGCUAAACCUGCGCCUCCAUUGUUAUCGAGUUUAUCUGAUUCAGAUGACGAUUCAAAUGUCCCGACAACUGCAACGCGACGUAGACGAAAGCCACCACCAGUGGUUUCAAAUGCAAAGGUUGUGUCUGAUAGUGAUGACGAUAGUGAUAAUGAAAGGACUAGUAACAUACCAAUCAAAGGCCCGACACGUGUUGGCCCUUCACCAAGAGUACGACGUCGCACCAAAUCUGUUUCAUCAUUAUCAAGUGACUCAGACGAUGAACAUCGUGUGACAAGUGUAAGUGAAGAUAAAAUUUCAACAUCAUCUACACGAAUACCUUCCGAUGAUAAGAAAAACAGUAAACCAAAAGGUAAACCAGGUCGACCUAGAAAAAAUAAAUUAUCAAUGAGUGGAUCAGAUACCGAAACAAAAGUACGAAAACGUGGCAGACCACCAAAACAAGUUGGUUCAGGUCCAUCGCCACGUAGCGGUUCUGAUACAGAAUCUAAAAUACGUAAACGACCUGGAAGGCCACCGACGAAACAGAAUAAACGAACACCACGUCAAGAAGUACCAUCGUCAAGUAGUUCCGACGAAGAUACUAAACCAACACCAACUUUCCAACCGUCACGUGUGUUGGCCCCUGUUCCAGCACUAACCAGUCCAAUUCAAUCUGACGACGAUGACGAUGAUUGGACAUCGACGAAACGUAGUAAACCAAAAAUAUCACGUAAACAGAGUAGUGAUACCAAACAAAGUGGUACGGUGGCAUCAUCUUCAGCAGGACCUACUGGAAAUAAACGUAAGGCAGCAAGUUCAUCAAAGAGUGUUGCUGAAUUACCGACUGCUUCUGAAUCAGAUAGCGAAAUUGAUGUAGUCAGUGCCACGGCGGCAGCAUCACGGCAAUCAAGGCCUGCAACACGUGUACCUCCACCACCACAAAGUUCAGGGUCGGAUCGUAGUGUGUCCCCACCACGUCCACCAAAGGCUGAAAGUCCUGUCAAAGUUGAGAGCGAAAUAAAACCCGUCCAAGAUAAAAAGAAAAAUGAUACGCUACGUAAAUUGUUCUCAAUGGGCGGACCUGGUAAAGGUGGAAAAGGAGGUAAAGGCGGUGGCAAAUGUGGAGGUAAAGGUAAAGGAGGUGUUAUCAUUGUGGAAUCAGUGUGUGGUGAAUCAGAACGGACGCCAACAAUUGACGAGACUGAAAGUGUUAGUGUUACAAUUCCUCCUCCCCCUUUAACUUAUUUACCAGAUGGUCGACCUAGUCUAUUAUGUCGUAUACCUUUAACUAGGAUAUCACAUAUACCAAGUAAACGACCAUCUAGUACAAUUUUACCUUGUUCAACACCAUCGUCAUCUUUCACCCCUUCCACAACUCCUCAAAUCAAAAGCGAAAUUAAACAUGAACUAGACGAUGAUUGUGUGGAAAUAUCACCAAGUGUUAUCAAAAGUGAGGAACGAACUCCUAAAAUUAGUAAAAAUUGUGCGUCUACACCGAAUUACAUACCUAGUGGCGAAGGACCUUCGACGGGAUCAUCACAAAAACGUAAACGUGAACCAAGUAUUAGUUCAGUGUCUUCGUUGUCGACCACAAGUAGUCGAGUCUCAAAGAGUCAUAGUAGUAGUAGUAAGCGUAGAGAAGGACGUAGUGAAUCGAAACGACAUAAACGACGAAAAGGUGAAAUUACAGAAGAUCAACCACCAACAAAUCAUGAACGGGAAGGAGUUACGCCGAAAAUUGAAGCAUCAUCACCAGCUACUGUUCCUCUUCUAGAUAUACCUGGUUCCUCAUCGACUACGACGAUUUCAUCAUCGUGGCAACAACAGCAGCAAUCAACGACACAAUCGACUCCGAAUAGUGGAGCGGCGACAAGUCAACAAGUUCCCUUACAAAAAGUCUAUUAUUCCUAUUUUGAAAAUGUUAGUGAAGAUUUGUCUGAAUCUGAAGAACGGGAUCAAAACCGGUAUUUAUCAGAGGCGAAACGUUUAAAGCAUGGCGCUGAUCGUGAAACAGAUGUGACUGCCCAAGGUAUGCAAUACCUGGAAGCUGUAUUACUUUUCCUAUUAACUGGACAUUCAAUGGAACAUGACAGUGUUUCGGAGAAAGCAGCGUUUACAAUGUAUAAAGAUACAUUACAUUUAAUUAAAUAUAUUUCAUCCAAAUUCAGAAGUCAACAAGAUAAUUCACCACAAGGGAAUAUUCAUAAUAAAUUAGCUAUUUUAAGUUUAAGGACACAGUCAUUACUAUAUUUGAAAUUAUUUAAAAUGAGAAAAAAUGAGGCCAAAGAAUAUCAAAAAAUGUUAACGGAAUAUCACCAAAAGGCAACACUUACAGCACCUUUACAACCGGAUCAAUUAGGUCCAGUUGUUGGUGGUCAAGGUACACCGUCUCCAUUAUCACCAACUCCAUCACCAGCCGGAUCCGUUGGAUCUGUGGGUAGCCAAUCAUCGGGAUAUCGUAGUGAUGAACUAGCAUCACGUAGUGGUGUUACGAAUACGAGUGGGGGUAAUAAUAUUGUUGCCGUUGGUGGUCCAAAUUCACAACAGCAAUUAGUGGCACAAAUUGGACCAAUCAUGCCCGUUUCAUUGAAUAUACAUCAAGCAAUGCAGAAACAAACACAACAUUUCAGUUACCUACUCUCAUGUCAUGAUUUAUGGGAGCAAGCUGACCUUUUGGUACUUAAAGGAAAGCAUAAAGAAUUUUUCAUCGAACUAGAUCAAUAUUGUCGACCGUUAACUAUGCAUAGUUCAUUUAAACAUUUAGUAAGAUAUGUGCGAGCUGGCAUACAACGAUUAAAAGAAAUGUGACAAGAUGAUCUUCAAUGGUCCCCAAAUGAAGAACCAUUUUACCAAAAUGAACAUUAACCAUCAUUAUCUCAUCAGAAAAAAAUGGAACAUUUGAAAAAAACGGGUUUGUGUCUUCACAUUUAUGCAUUUUGGUUUGUUCUUAAAGAAAUAAUUUGUGCAUUUAAAUUUAAAAAAAGGACAAAAUCGAUAAAUUUUUAUCGAUUGUGUUUGUUUACGUCAUCAUCGAGUAAAGGACCUAUUAUCGAUUGUUUGCUCUUUUAUUUUAAGUA